UCGCACUUUGCUCCACCCGCUUUCAUCAGCUGAUAAUAGCAAGAAUGGCUGUCAAUUUUUUGUAAUUGUAAUUUUAUUGUAUCAUCAAUUUAACUUUUAUUCCGAAUUGACUUUAAAUUAAUGUGAUCAUUAUGUGCGUUCAAAGUUGAACAUUAUUCAUCAAUUUGCCUAUCAGACAUGGAUUCAGUUACGACUGAGGGCCUGAGAACCAUUGUGAAUCCUGUGGUUACAACUGCUCCAGAGACACCGCCGAUAACAGUUGAAGAAUGGCAACAUCGAUUCAAAGUUGUAAAGAUUGCUUCCAAAGAGCCUAUGAAGCGUGGAAGAUGGUCUUGCAUGGAUUUCAACGAUCCACCACCUAAUAUUUCCGGGUCCACCCUGUCUGGUAACACAUCAACCACAGGUGGAACUUCAACUAAUAACACCCAAACCAGUGGAACUGUUUGUCCAUCUGCGAUUACUGGAACCUCAACUAUAGGAGCUGGUGGAGUUGGAAUCGGAGGGGGAGGUGGCGGAGCCUGUACAACAACCACUACUACAUGUGUAACAGCUAGUUGUGGUAUAAACUGUUCUGAUACUAAUAAUGAGGCUAAUCAAGUAAACAGUGAGAUGGUUGGACAAACCAUCAAUAACCAAUCUGUUUGUGUUGGUGGUGGCGGGGCUGGUGUGCCUAAUGUUGAUCCUAACACUAAUUCUGUUAAUAAUCAAAAUGCCGAAGGUAUAUUGGUUGAUGAAAAGACUUUUGAUCAUCUGAUGUCCGCUGUUAGAGAGGAAGUAGUUGUCCUCAAGGAAAGAAUCAACGAACUUAUGUCAAAGAUAUCACAAUUAGAGUAUGAAAAUGGCAUAUUAAAGGCCCACGCGACGCCAGAGGUGCUAUCAAAUUUAUAUGGGUCAAACAACCAAAAUGUUUCAAAUUGAAAUCAAUUUAAAUUUCUCCUACGAUUAAACAGUAGGCUACUCUUUUUCUCAAUCUGUCAUCAUUGUUCCUCUCUGUACUAUGCAUUUAAAAUCAGACUAAACUAAUCACGACUCAGUAAACUUUCCAAAUGUCAAUGAAAUUAACAAUUUAAUCGAACGACCAUGAUGAAACGAGUAUCUAAUUAUAUUUGUUGAUCCCAUACUCAAAUUGAUGUAUUCAUUCAAGAUAAUGCUUAUUGUUUUGAUGUAAAUUUUGUUUGAGAAAUCUUUGUGAUGUUGAUCCUUUGGAUAAAAACCUUGUAAGUUAAAAUGUAUCAGAAAUGAAAAUCGUUCUGACAGGUUGAAGUUUCAUCUCAAAUGAUAUGAUGAGCUAAGUUAACGUGGUGUACGUGCUUACCGUCAUGUUCAACGUAAAAUAUAAGUAAACCUGAGGUAUUCUCAUGAAUUCUUGAACUAA